GAAUAAACCCUAGCAUAAACCCCUUUCCGUUCCUCACUCAAGAUUUUCAUACUGCUGUUUCUUGCGGAAUCGAGGAAAAGAUAUCGAAAUGGAAGUCCAUCUAGGAAAGCUCCCGUUUGAUGUGGAUUUCCAUCCUUCUAAUCCUCUAAUUGGUGUCGGUCUCAUAACUGGUGAUCUUCAAUUGUACCGUUAUGCUGCUGAUUCUCAACCUCAAAGGCUGUUUGAAAUCCGGGCACAUACCGAAUCCUGUAGAGCAGUUAGAUUCAUCAAUGAGGGACGUGCAAUUGUGACAUGCUCUCCGGACUUUUCAAUUCUUGUCACGGAUGUCGAGACGGGAGCAGCCAUUGCUCGCUCAGAAAAUGCUCAUGAGGCUGCUGUUAAUCGAUUAGUCAACUUAACAGAGACAACCAUUGCCUCAGGAGAUGACGAGGGUUCUAUUAAGGUUUGGGACACUAGGCAACAGACAUGCUGCAAUACCUUUGAAGCUCAUGAAGAGUAUAUUUCUGAUAUGACCUUUUCUGCUGAUUCAGGGAAGCUUUUGGCUACAAGUGGAGAUGGGACUCUAUCUGUAUGUAGUCUCCGAAGGAAUAAGGUGUUAACUCAGUCCGAGUUUUCUGAAGAUGAACCGCUUUCGGUGGUUAUAAUGAAGAAUGGUCAAAAGGUUAUUUGUGGAACACAGAAUGGAGUGCUAUUAUUAUAUUCGUGGGGAUAUAUGAAAGAUUGCAGUGAUCGAUUUACCGGUCUUCAAUCAAACUCUAUCGAUGUGUUACUCAAGCUUGAUGAAGACCGAGCAAUCACUGGAUCAGAAAAUGGUCUUAUUAGCUUGGUUGGCAUUUUACCCAACAGAGUAAUUCAACCGAUUGCAGAACAUUCAGAAUGCCCUGUUGAGCGCCUUGCCUUUUCUCACGAUAAGAAGUAUUUGGGUAGUAUUUCACAUGAUCAAAUGUUGAAGCUUUGGGAUUUGGAUGAACUAUUAAAUGGUGUUGGAAUGGCUCCAACUGGUGGUCAGACAGUAGCUACUGAUAGUGAUAGUGAUAUUAUGGAAGAGGAUGACGUUAUACCCCCCCAACCUAACCCAGGUAAUAGGCGAAGGGGAAACAAUGCACAGUCUUCUAUCAGUGAAUUCUUUGCAGAUAUGUAGUGUGCUCAAAUUGUCCUUGUAGUUCCAGUUCGAUCACCCUUCUGUAUGAGAUUGGAUCAAAACUACUAAGUAAAUACAUACAUUUAUAAAGAUUACAAUAGAUUUUAGGGCUUGAGCAAGUUUUUUUUUUUUGUUUUGUUUUGAUAGGCUUGAGCAAGUUAUUCACAGUUAAUAGUGAAUACUGAAUACGUCUCGGUGUUACAAGUUUUCUCGGUGUUAUAAGUUUUGUUUCGUCAGAUAGGAUAUAGUUGUUCUCUUUUUGGUUCAUGAAAACAGAAUGGAACAUAUAACUCUCCCUAUAUUUUCACAAUCUUAUUUGAUUUUAGGUCUU